CAGCCGCCGAAUCAUGUCGAUGAGCCCAAAGCAUACGACUCCUUUCUCAGUGUCUGACAUCUUGAGUCCUUUGGAGGAAAGCUACAAGAAAGUGGGCAUGGAGGGCAGUAACUUGGGGGCUCCCUUGUCAGCCUACAGACAGUCUCAGGUUUCGCAGCCGGCCAUGCAGCAACACCCCAUGGGCCACAACGGAACGGUGACUGCAGCCUACCAUAUGACAGCGGCAGGGGUCCCCCAGCUCUCCCACGCUUCGAUGGGGGGCUACUGCAAUGGGAACCUGGGCAACAUGAGCGAGCUCCCGCCUUACCAGGACACCAUGCGGAACAGCGCUUCAGCGACAGGAUGGUACGGCACCAACCCGGAUCCCCGCUUCUCCUCAAGUAAGUGAGCCCGGAGCCGGGUGUCCGCUGGGGGGUGGCUGCGUCCCUCUCUGCCCCUCUGCCCCGCGGGCGUCGGGGGCAAAAGUCGGUGCGGACCCCGCUCGUCCCCCUCCGGUCCGUCCAUUCUUCUGCCGGUGGAUCGGGCCCCGUCCCCCCUCGCCGGGCGAUUCGCGGCUGCUCCCGGGUCGGCAGGAGGGAGGGGGGGAGCCGGCAGCAGAGCAUCG